AUGGGGCAUGCAACUGACAAUGCAGUCGUCAACAAACAAUUCUUGCACAAUGUUACACCAGACGUUCAAAUAAACCAAAUGAACUGGUGUAGUUAUAUCAUCCAAUGCUUGCAACACGCCAAAACCGCAUGGGCUCCCAAAAAGCAUUACACAGGGCCACUGAUCAUACUUGCGCUUGCCUUGGUGAACGAUGCUUGCAAUUUGAAAAAAUGGGACCGAAAAGAAGGAUACCCAAUUGAGUGGGUUACAACAGAAACUCUUUACUUAUUUGAGAGUGCAAUGGGAAAACACCUUGUGGGCAAUGAAGUAAAAAGGAAAACAGUCAAAAAAGAUGAAGAUGAUGUUCACAAGGUCGAUGAGCAUGAUGAUGAGUUUGAUGAUAAUGAUGGUUUUGAUCAUGAUGAUCAUUAUAACUAUGAACUGCAAAACGCCAUGACGUUCAAUGAUGAUGAAGAGGCUUCACUUCAAAGGAUGGUGAAUGAGGAUAUAGAAAGCCGGGAAACGAUGUUUGAAGUUUCUGCAUCAGGAAACCAUGCUCUUAUUAGAGAAGUAACAAAGUAUGACAACAUUUUUGCUGAAGAAGAAGAACAAAACAAAGAACCUGAAGAGGAAAUGGCUGAUAAAUUGGAUGGAGCAUAUAAAGAAUUAGAAGACUGUUACAAUAAAAUGAGCACAUUGUUAAAACAGUCAAAGACUGAAUACCCAAACAGCCUCCUGGUACACAUUAAAUACUCACAAUGUAUGACAUUGUUGGUAUACAUCUCAAAAUUUGUUGAUGAAAACGCCAAAGAAAUGCCAGCUGAAACAGAAGAAGAUACACAAGAAACUGAGGAUGAAAAUGAGGUGGUACUAGGAGAUGAAAAUGAACAAGAAGGGGAAAAGGAGAAGGCUGAAAAAGAAAACGCCAUUAAAGAGCAAACAGUUCAUGAAAACGCCAAAGAAUUUGAAAAUGAAGAACAAGGAGAGGAAGGAUGUGAAAAUGAAGAAGAAAGGGAGAAGGAGAUGGCUGGAAUUGAAAACGCCAUUGAAGAGGAAAUAGUUGAUGAAAACGCCAUGCAAGAUACUACAUCAUCAGAUGAAGAUGUAAACGAAAAGGAUAUUAAGAGGUGGAGUUGUGAUUUCAAGACACUUGAAUAUCACAUUUCAAGAUACAAUGGGGAAAAAAUAAUUAAGAGGAAUAUUGCUGAGAUUUUGGAGCUGCCAGGACAAAAUCUAAAACAAAUGAUUGAUAUUAAAGAAGGUCUUGAUAAUUCAAAGAUGGUGGAUGAAGCAAUUAAAGCAAUAAAAAACAUCUACAACCUGCUGAAGAGACCGCAAAAUGCCUCUAUUUGA